GACACCUUGGCCGAUCAGACGACUUUCACAUGCGCACAGAGGUUCUAUGCAUUGAUGGCCAUGUGCAAACGUUUGUUCGGCCUGAGAAAUCAUCAGAGGUUCUACGGCCAUGUUUCUUCGGCCUUUUCCGAGCAGAGCGAUGGUGGAGUUGAUCAAUGGGUCUGGCUCGGCACGGUUCUGACCGAGCUUGCAGGUCUGACAGAGCUGUCACGGUUCCUGUCGCAAGGCCACCAUUGGGUUGAUGAUCUGCCCUGUCCUCCAACCACAAUCCACUAUCCUGUACUACUUGAAAUCCACAACCAUUAUCAUUAAAGGAUUUUACCUGUUUUGUUCAGGGCUUUAAGCAUCAACCAUAGCGCAGCAUUCGGGAAACCACCAAAUCUUUUGGACCAAUCGCAAGGAUCCAAAACAGCGGGCAGUGGCCAGAGCUUCCGAAGCACCUUAGGUUGGGACUCACCGAAUCCGUGCCCAAGCUCAGUUUGUGAGCGUGAACACUUCUCCGGAGCCAUUUGUUUUUGUUUCUUUUCCCUUUUGGGGCUCUGACGCUUCCAGCAGUUCAGUGCUGCUGCAGUGCGGCCGGGCAGGAUGGAUGUCUUCGAAGAUGGUGCAAUGUUGGACGGUGGACGACAAUUGCUAUUCAAAAGAGAGAUAGAAAACGGAGUCGUCCUGACGACAUCUGUUGCAGCCGAUAUUUGUUGCCCGCGGGCUGUCCAUGUCCGUGGACAGCUUUGUCAGACUUUUCACUUUUGUUCGUGUAGCUUGCGAAAGGUGAAGAGAAAACCGACUGACACAUGCGAGUUGCCUUUGAAAGACCUGAAAACAACAUCCAAUCGGCACUCGAAACUCAAAAAGACUUCAGCACAGUCGCUCAAACUGAGAUUCCUUGUCCUUUGGGGCUUUGUUCAAUUCGCUUUGUUUGUUGUCCGAACGAACAGAGCGCGCGCGCCAUGGCCGCCAGGUGCGCUUUGUUCCAGGUGUUCGGAUCUGAAGAAGGCCGAGGUCAAAGGUGCGUUUGGGAUUCGCCCGGAAGACUUGGAGGAUGAAGCGGAGCCUGCGGGCGGUUCCGAAGAUGAGCGGUCGGAGGCCGACUUGCAGUCCGAGGCGGGGGAGACCGCAGAGGAAGCUCGAGAGGGUAUCCAGAAGCUCCUCGAGGAGACUGGCAGGACUUUGCAGAGGGGUCGGACCCUGGCGAUGAAAGAGGCCAUCAGUGCUGCACGGCAGCAUGGAGUGGAGAGCAGUCUCAUCAAGGAGGCCCAGCAGCGCUUGGAGCAUCAUCAGCUCCGGCAGAAGCGUGCCGAGUGCGAAAAGGAGGUGUCGCUGUGGUUUGCCUCUGCUGCCCAAGACCUUGAGCAGUGCGGGAGGCUUUUGGAAGCAGCUGUGCAGAGUCAGUGCGCAGAAGAGAUCCAAGCGAAGCUGCGGAAGCGCUUGGAGGAGCUGAAGAUCACCAGGCCCCUGGCCCCCGACGAGCUGGACCAGGCCCAGCGCUACGUGACGGAAAGCUGCCAGGGCUUUGUCUCCGCAGCGCUUCUGGCAGAAGGUCGCAAGACGCUUUUCCUCGACCUGGACGAAGGGAACAAGAGUACGGCCACGUUGCACCUGAAUCCUUCGCUGCAGGUGCUCUCACUGAAGGUGCACAUCGACGAAGGCACAAAAAGCGCUUCCGCAGCACACAUGCAGCAGCUGGAGGAGACUUGGCUGAAGGACAUUGACUCCUUACCUGCCAAGGAUGAUGAGGUGAUCAGUCAGCAUCGAGGCUUCUUAGAGUUGGAGUGCCAGGUGAAUGGCCGCUCGAAGGUCUGGUGCUUCGUCGAAGCCUCGCUGCACGAGCGCGACCGGCUGCUGCAGGCGCUUCACGUGCUAAGUUGCGUUCCGGAACCUGAAGGUGCAGAGGAAUGGGAAGAGGAGGACUACGAGGCCUACGAGGAGGGCUGAAAUCACUGGCCCUUGCCUAGCUAGCCAUCCACGAGCGAUCUCGGAGGGAUGUUUCAACUGUGGAAGGCUUGGUGGACAUAGCUUGGAUUGGGAUUCGUCCAGCGCAUGAGCUUGGUGGCCUGGCAGAUGGGCGUGGAACUGGCCACUCCUGCGAGAGCGACCCGAGAUCUCCCGGAGUCGCCGCUUGUCCUGGGUCGAGCUGGCUGAGUGUGACCGGAUGAACUGCAGUGUGCCAUAGCUGCUAGCCAAGGAUGUGGCUUGCAACAGAUGACUGCGCCAGCCAUGCCACAGUCGCAGAGCCACAGAAGAUUGAGCAACCACGGUAGAUGCACUCGGGUAGCAUGCAGCCUCAAGAGGGGGUUUGCGCAACCACUGGGUCACGCAGCGGGUUUCCAUGUGGCAUUUGUGGUCACAGUUCGGCAACAGAACGCAGCAGCAGAUCCCGCCAAGAACGGCUUCAGCUUCCAGCAGCAGAUGGUCACCCGCAGCAUGUCACAACCCCUAAUGGAGUUGUGGCAGAGGGAGCUAGCCGGCAGAUCUCUGACUCACCAACAUGGGUACGUGGAUGGCAUGGUCACUGACUGCUUUCCUACGCUUUCCCUUACGAGGAUCGCUUCCCUUACGACGAGAACGGGUGUUCCAUACGUGACGGAUGUCGAUGUGAAGGGCACCAGGACGUCGACCGGACCACAUGCUGCCUUUGGGAGCAUGUGCGAGCCGUGGGCCCAUGGGGUGGUCGUUCUACCCGCCACCGCGAUCCGCCCUGGGGCCAGGUGCGAGCCGUCUUUUCUUUGUUCAUACCGGAGGAGGUAUGAGCUUCCGGUCAAACGACCGGCACGUGGAUGGAACUCAGGGUCCUGACCUUCGUUCCACUGCGACCGGAUGCUGCGCGGCGGCGAAAAA